AUGUCUGAUGAAAACCAUGAAAAUAUCUUUUUUGACAAUCAAAAUGCUAAUACUUCUUCGACUUCAUUUUAUCAUGAUUCUGAGUCAAACUUGGCAAUCUUUGAAGAUGCUUCAUAUGAUGAUGAAAAUAGACUAAAUGAAUCAUCAGAAUCUUUGAAAUUGAUCCCUGAACCUACCUUCACCAGCUAA